AGUUGGCUCUCUGAUAUGUAACCGUGGUGAUGUGUUGUGCUCCGACUCCGUCACAUUAUUGCAGAAUACGCGACGAUUUCGCUGAUGUAAUGCGUGAAUGGUGAGGAAUUACGACCGGAAGGCGUUAUGGAAAAGGAGGGACCACAUCCAUUGAUUUCUCGCAGUGUUGAAGAAAGUCUUGUAGUAUCCUUUUGCUGUAGAGAGAGAGAGAGUUGCUGUGCUAGUAGGAGGAGGAGCUGGUGGUUGCCUGUACACCCCCUCCCCCUCUCCCCGUGACUAGUUUCAGUAGCAUGUAGUUGUAGUAGCAGCUAUAUAUUCGAUUUAGAAGGAACUGAGAGAUAAACUCGGCUCUCUCUACAGCGAAUCUCAAAUGUGCAACCAUCAUGGAGAACUUCUUAACGUGGCGUUACUGCAUUAAAACUUCUCCUCAGAAAUCAAACUUGGCGUAAAAGAAAUAGACUGCAGUGUUUGAAGAACCAAAGAAAAAGACAAAAAUAAGUUGAUUUGCAUGAAUGUGACAAGCACUCAAGAUCAGGAACUGAAAUUCUUCGGAAUGAAACUUGUGUCUUGUCCUGUUAUCAAGUGAUAGAUUUCUUCGCCGCCGUCACCCUCACUGGUCUGCCACCAGGCAGGUCCCAGACAUCCGUUAGUACCACCCUGUAAGCCGUUGCACUCAUGAAGUGAAACGUUAAAUUUGAAAAUAAAGAUAUUGAAAAAAAUCGUAUCUUUUAUGUAAUUUAGCGACUGGUAGAUGAAACAUAUCUAGUCACUGAAGUGAAAAGUGGAUUUUUUUGUUUUUUAGCUAAGUGUAUGUGUAAAUCUUAAAUGCUUUAACUUUGUUAAUAGUGUUCCUGCUGUUUAACGGAAGCCCUUCUAGGCCUACGCAUGGUUAGCGCAAUCUCCGUGAAGUGACUAGUUGUUUAGGCCUAUCCUUGGCCUCGGUUGUGCCAGGAUGGGAUAGUUGUCCUGGCCCAAAUUACCGAGGAAUUAUCACAUUUUCUUUUCCACGAUCGGAAGAGAAAGGCGGCUACGCUAUGGAUUUUAUUUGUGGAUAGAUCCCCCCUCCCCACCCCUCCUCCGGAAAACAGCUGUUUGGACAACCUCCCCUUCACACCUGCGGAAGGACGACUGGGAACACCUGUCGACACACGCCUUAGAAAGGCGUGAGUAAUGACCGCAAUGAUGGUGGGCGGCGGCGGAGCCUUUGGUGGUGGUCUGGGCGUUGGAAGGGGUGGGUUGUCCCAGCCCGCCUCUGCUUCAGCCCAUCCCCUCAAGCUAAACUCCCCAAAAUCCCCACCUUCACCUGUCUCCAGUGAUUCUCCGACCUCACCUGCUAGUCCUGGCAGGUCGGGCUCGAAGGCCUGUGGGGUUUGCGGGGACGUGGCAAAGUCCAUGCACUUCGGUGGCCUCUCCUGCGACUCGUGCAAGGCCUUCUUCAGGAGGUCUGUGCAGAACAACGCCUACAAAGGGUUCACCUGCCCCUACGAUAAGAAGUGUGUGAUUGCUGUGUCGUCGAGGAAAGCAUGCCAGUUUUGCAGAUUCAACAAGUGUCUGUUGAUAGGCAUGGAGAAAGGAUGGGUUAUGACGGAAGACGAGAGACGUAAGAUGAUGCAGCAGAGACAAGAAAAGAAACAUAAAGAUGAGCUCAGAAAACAGUGCGAGCUCCAGGAGUUGGACAAAUACUCCUUACCUGAGGAAGCACAGACAGAGAUUUCCAUAAUAAAAUCUCUUUAUAAGAAGGCUUACCAGGAUGUCCCGUAUGAGGAUAGCUGCCAGGACGAGGGAGCAAGUGGGGUUAUGUCACCGUGGAUGACAUUUUAUCGAAGGAUGGCUUACUUCUUCUCCCUGUUCCGCGAAUUCACCGAGCUUCCAAACAGCGACCAAGCACUUUUAUUGAAGACAGCCAUUACAUCUGCUGGUAUAAUAAUGGGUUCUGUUGUAUUUGAUGCCGAUAGUGGGAAGUGGCCAGGUCGAGCAAUAUCGAGGACAGGUUUUAUACCACAAAACGUGACUACUCAAAAUGUUGGGAAGCUAGUACCUCCUGAUAUGAUGAACAGGGUAAAGCAGUUCUUUCGUAAGUUUCAGCAGGUAUGCCCAGAUGAAACUAUGGGUAUGAUACUCAUUUUAGUGGCUCUUUACACACCAGAAUUAAUGGGCCUUGAAGCUAAGGACACAAUUCAGCAGUUGCAGGACCGUUACACAAACAUUUUGCAUCGAUACGUUAAGUGGAAAUACAGAGAGAAGUCUGCACUCAUGUUUCCAAAGGUUAUUGUAUCCUUAGCUGAUAUCAGAGAAUUAGCUGAACUUACGGGGCAGAUUCGUAUCCAGCAGGGCAUGGCAUCAAAUUUGCCUGGUGUCUCUUCAUUUUUGAAACCAGGAGGAGGACCAUCUAAUAGUAUUGGCUCUUCACCAAUGGAAACCAACCAAGAGGAACCAACAACUGUAGGACGUCAAGAAGUUCCAGAUAUAGAGAUUAAGGAGGAAGCUAUUGAUAAUGGUGACCCCCUCACAACUCCAACAGCUCUGAAACGAGCUCGUUUAGAAGCUACUGGUGGUAAAAGAGAUCACAUUUAUCAAAAAAUAAUGAAAAAAGUAAUGGAGCAAAUGCAGGGUUCCUCACUCCAUUUACGAGUGCCUUCGUUGCUCCCAUUUAUUUUGCAGAUUAUCAAAAAAGUUGGAUCAGGCAACAAUUCCAAUGUCUCUCUUCCAUCCAUGCCUCGUUCCAUAGCCAAGGGGUCACAGCAUCAAGUAAAGCAGAAGGGAUCAAAACGCCGUCUUGUUGAAGUCAAACAGGAAAAAAUUGAUGAAGAUUUUGAAUCCCAGGACUUAUCAAGUCUGACGCCAGACUUACCAAACCUAACACCAACAGUUCCAGAUAGUCCUAGACCCAUGAAUGUUCAUCAGAAUACAAUCGGCCUUCAUAAUCCAUUCACCCAACCCCAUCAGCAGUUCCAUCAAAAUCAUCCACUACCUCAAACUAAAGAACACUUCCCUGUAUCACAUCAUCACCACCAUCAGCAACAACAUUGUGUGCCAUCACCUGGUCUGUCUCCUGGAAUAGAUUAUCCAACCUCUCCAAUGGAUUCCACAGAUUCUUGUGAUUUGCUUCCUCCUUCACCUUUACUUGCACAGACUUCAAGACUGUCCCCACAUCCUGUAGCAUCACAGCAAGCUCCUCUCAACUCUACAGAUAUGCUCAUGCCAUCUCAGGUAACUCAAAUGUCUCCUGUAGCACCUUACACACCACCUUCCACUGUUUCAACCUCGCCCAUGCCAGUGCAACAGACAAAUAUGAUGCCAGUACCUGACAGGCCAUUAGCCUCACCAUUGGCUGCUCCAUCCCCUUACUCGGACGCAUCAAAUUCAUCUCCUGAAAGUUCUCAGUCUCCCCUAACAGAGAUCUUUACUGAGGAGUUGACAGAUGUAGAGAUUGAAGUUUUGACUCAGUUACUUGGGUAUUUUUCCAAUUUCGAAAACUUAGACAAUGUCAGUAAUCUUAAAGAGAUAAUUCCUGCUCAUCUUUUAGAUGAACUGCAAAGAAAAUUGUGCUCAUACUCCAUCAAGCCAGAGUAAAUUGGGUAGUGCAUUUUGUAGUGACUAUGGGAAUUCAGUUGUUAUGAGAAAAGAAGAAAUGCAUACAAAUGUAACCUGCGCACGGCAUAUAUGGCUGCAGGAAGUUCAGCACAGCAUAUCAGUAGGCACUGUCAAGGACAGUAACUGCAGCUAUGAAGUGGUCUGUGGAUUGUGUAUGAAGUGCAAUCUACAGAUAUAUUUUUAGUGUGGUGAUCAAUAAACAUAAGUUCAUUGUCCAGAUUUUGAUAAGCUUCUACUGUGCUGGUUAUUCAGAGUUCAUCAUCUGCCUUUAGAAAAUUAUGGUGAAGCUUGCCUAAAAUCUAAAGGUCAGUAUAAUCUGAGCAGAAUGUAAUUCAAAGCACUGUAUAUUUUUAAGCACGAAUUUCCCAGUGGCUCUUCUGUGUGCUGGUGACAUCAUAUGCAUUAUAUAUUGAUGUUUUGUGAUAAGUGUGUUUUUUGUGGGAUAGUGCCCAGAUUGUGAUAAUCAAAAUAAUCAUAAAGAAUGGGCAGGGUGUCAUUUGAACUUUUUAGUGCAGCUGCAUCCAGUUUUGGGCAAACAUAGUUCCUUCUGUACUUUUUAAGUGUAGAAGGGCUCAGAAGUGAAAUUAUUCUGCAGUUAACUUCUGUUUAAUUGGCUAACUACAUACAUAUUAUAUAUAGUAUCAAUUUUCUUAAAUGUAUGAUCCCAUCGAGAGGAAAAAACUAAAAGACUAGCAAACAACGAAUGAAGUGAACAAAGUAAAUCUAGGUGUAUGUAUUUCAUGUUACUGCAUUUUCCUUCAUAAUAUUGACAUUAGUCAUUCUGACGUGGCUUUCUAGCUAUUGCGUGCACCUAAGUCCUCACAGAUACAAGUACAGUAGUAUUGGUUAACCACUUGAUACAGUAGUUUUCGAGUUUUGGUGGAGAUUUGGGAAAAUUAUGUACCGAAAUGACAGGGUAGAAGUAUGUGUCAAAAGAUUGCCCUGUUGUUUGCAAUUGAAGAUGAGCCAGAGUGUGUCGUUGCACGAGAAAUGAUGUGUGUCUUACCGUCAUGGUAGGGGAGCUAAGCAUCGGCUACUCCUUGUCAAAAGAUUAUGUACUAUAGCUGUUAAGCAGUAAAGCAGUGGCAUGCUUUACACUUAGUUGUGAUUUCACAUACGCAAGAUAUAGUAGGUAACUAUUAAAUGACCAGGGAUAUGAUAAGCCUUAUGAUGUUGAUUAAUGAUAAUUCUAUCUAUUUUGAGAUGGUAGGCAUAACAUAUACAGUACACUUGAUAUAUCAUGAAAUUUUCAAACUGCAGCAUUGCUCUUUAUCCUGGGUUAUUAUGAGUUAAGGUCAUUAUAUGAUAUUCAUUACCUUGAGUGGGUAAUUGAUUAUGUAUGUAAAUAUGUCUGUAAGUCAUGUUUAAACUGCCUAGUUAGUAACAGUUAUGCACAUUGUAAUCAGCACUUGAUGGAGGGACUUGAUGAGGUAUGAAAAAAAUCUACCCAACUAACCUUCAAAUUUGAGGGUUUUGUUACAAGUUACGGUUACGUUAUAAAGAUGUGAAAGAUUAUUGUCAAGAUUUAUAAAAUUGAAAGUAAAUGGGCAGUCGAGAAUGGAAAUGGAGAGAAUAAAGAAUUAUCAAGCAUUUGGGAAAAUGCGAGUACAGAACCAUGUACUCACGAUUAAUGAUUCUGCAUACUUAAGCUGCAUAUAUCAUGAAAUUGAAAUUACAUUGACUUUAAUCAUUUCAGUUGAAGUUACAGAGAAGGUAGCAUUAACAUUGGGAAUGUCCUUACACUUAUUCCAGGAGUAUUGAGAAGUUCCUUUUCUGUAAAAAUUUGUGUCAGUUCACAUUUGAUACACAUGACUGAUUUACCUACUGCUACCUCACACUCACAUGUCAUAAUGAUUCUUCAGUAUCUACUCUGCAAAUGUUACUUUAAGAUUUCUAAAGGAAAAAUUUAGUUUUUCUUAAAUCAUGAAAUGACUUGAUAGUAUGCAGUGGCAUAAACAAAGCAAAAGCUGAACAUUCUCAUUUGAGUGGUAAGGAUGUUUUAUCAAAAUUUACCCAAAGCAUUUACUGACAAAAAGUUUCUUUUAUGCAGUUAUUUAAACAGUAGGAGGAAAGGAAUGGUUAGAAAUCAGAAAUCUUUCACACUUGUGUAAAAACCAGCCUGUUCCAGAGGGUUUGCAUCAGAUGCGUUUGUAUAGUGAGACCAAAAUGGAAUAGAAGGAAUCUGUGAAAAUUCAAAUUCUUAACACUUUAUUAUUUUCAAUUUACAAGAUAGAAUUAAGAGAUGGGUAAACUUUGGAGAUGCGUAUGUGCACUGUUUUAUGUUUAUUUGUUUUGCGGUAACUGGUGUUGUAAAUGCUAUAGUAGUCAAACUAUAUGUGAAUUUUAUUUGCUGUGGAAAGUUAUUGUAUGAAGAAAUUCAAAAUCUGAUUUUUUUUAUUUUAAAUGUUAAGAUUAUUUUAUCUUUGGAUAGAUAUUUAUCGGGUGUAACCUGGCACAGAUUUAGCAGUGAUGCAAACUUUAAGUGUUGCAUUCAUUUCAAUGCAUUGGAAUGCAUAUAAAAACUGUUAUGUUAAAAUUUUUGCUAUGUUGUUUUUAUGUCUUAGGUUUAUUGGAUUGUACAUUUUUAUAUGAUAACAUAGAAUGAAAAUGUUUUCCCUGUUUUGGUUCUAAGAACCUUAAGUGUAAUGUGAAAUUGUUUUGAAGAUAAUUGCUUUGGCUGUUUAUAAGUCCAUUGGCUAUAAGGUAUAUGGCAGUGAUGGAUGAAAAUUCAACCCAUUGGUUUAAUCAUAGAAGUAAUCCCAUCCAUCACUAUAAUGGACGAGAACUAAAAGAUGUUCCUCAGUCCCAAAAAUUUAAAAUACGUACUGUAUACUCUGUAAGUUGCUGUGUUCCAGUUACUUUGAAAGAAGUUGAGAUCAUUUCUAUUUGGCCAAAGCUGUACAGCACAGUUAUUGUUAUGACCAGGUGAAUUAAGAUAUGGCCUUAACCUUGUUAAUGUACUGACAAAUUCUACAGGGUAUCCACUGAUAGCUUUUAAGUUUCUGGUAAUUAGCUUUGGACAUGCUGUGGAGCGUAGCUGUUCCCAUGUCGUAGUGGGAGGAUCGUCAGUCAGCUGUUGUUAUAUGCAUGUCAGUCAAUAAUGCAAGAUUACUGUUAGCAUAAGAUCACAGUAAGUAUAGUUGUACGAGUAGGUUGUCAAGAAUUUUUAUGUUUGUAUAAGUUUUGUUUGUGUACAGUUUAGGAGAGUCCGUCAUUAUUUUAUCAUUUGUUAUUUUUUCUAUUUAUUUACGGUAAUUUUUGGUAAAGUGAUGGUGGGGUAAAAUUGUCAAAGGGGAAGGAUAAAUUCAAAAUCUCUUUAUGUGCAAUUGGUGUUCUUGUUGCUGUGCUGUAUCUGAUUAGUAUAUUAUGCUGCAAAACUUUACAGUAGUUUGCAAUCAAGUCAAUUUGUGGACUUAACAUGCACACACACACACACAUAUACACAUACAUUUUGUAGAUGGAACAGAUGGUAGUUAAGGCAAAUUUAUUUUUAGUGGUGAGCACAGUCUCCUCAUUGGAGCAACAAAGUACAAACUCUUACUGUCCCGGCCAGCUGCAUAGAUUAUAAUGAUGUUUCUAGGAGGUAUCUAGACUUGGGAUGUGCAAUCUGAAAUACAAGCCUUAGAAAAGCCAGCCUUGAAUUAUCAUUUUGUUGUACAUUAGAAAAAGAAGAAGGGUCUUCAGGUCCUAGUAUUGUAAUUACAUACAGCAGUCUGACAAGUAUGUGGGAGACGUACUUGUAAUGUCUUACUGGUGUUGAAUAUUGAAAAUUUGACCGGCACUGUUGCCACAAAGGUCAUAUAUCCUGACUAGGGAGAAUAUAUCAGCUUUCAGUAUAAUAAGCACAUUGGAGUGCCCUGUAAAAGGAUUUGUAUUCUGAAACCAAGGGAGAAUUUCCUAAUCUUAAUACUGGAAGAAUUUUGGGCAUAACUAAUAUGUAACUCAGCAUUUUGCUCUUCUUGCCUUCUUGGAACACUCCAAUGCACUUCAUUAUCCAAGGCCGUGUUCUUCUGAAUGUGUUGCUCAAGUGAUUGUGUGAUUGAAUAGUGUGUGUAAAUAUAUAAAUAUGUAUCUGCAUAUGUAUGCAUUCAUUAAUAGUGCAUGUAUACAUAUGUAUGGAUACAAGAUGACAUGGAAGAAUAUAGUUUAGUUUUAGGUUCACUGUUGAAUGUUGUGUAAAAGCUAUAUUUUUUUGGAAACUAACUUUUGAUUGGUGUGAAGAGCAGUUUCAUUGUUUUAUCAGAAACACUUAAGCUCAAGGUUAUUGUUCAGAUCAUGUUUACUUUUUGAUUUCAUUCUCAAGAGAUGUUCUCAUACUUGUAAACCUUUCAUGUAGUUUGAAGAUAGCUGUUCAUUUGUCAUUAUUCACAAUUUCAUAUAGUACUAUAUGUGUGUAUAUAUAUAUAUAUAUAUAUAUAUAUAUAUAUAUAUAU